AUGACUCUUGAGUUCUCACGAAAUGGCGAUGAGAUGGACUUGUUACCGAGUAGUCAUAAAGAAACCUGUUCAAAAGGAGCUCAAAUGGAGCGAUAUCCCCAGCAAAACACCGAAGAAAGAAAAAAAUUACUCACCCACAAAACUUCCGCUACAACGAAGAAAACAGAUGAAUCAACCUCAAAGCACGAAAGGCCUGAUUCUAUCAGAUACAAGCCCUCCGGUUUUGAACAAUUUGAAAAGGUAAAUCCUGAGUCACUUUACACACUACAAGGCUCGUUUGGUGCUGAUAGUCGUGCUGACACUCUUUUGGUGGAUGAAACAGAAUUAAACGACUCACUUGGGUUUUUGACGGGUCUCUACGAGAUUACACCACUUUCGGAUGAAUUUAACACUGUUGAGAAAGAUAUUGAGCGUUUACUAGUUAACUUAGAUGCCAAAACGAGAAGCCUUGUUGACUCAAAAAGGGAACAUUCAAGUGCUUUAGAAAAAGUUUUGACGCUUAAACUGGUGGAGAGUAAAGUUAUGGUUGGCAAUAACAAUGGUCUUAUCGACUCUAUAAGUGCAGAGAUUAAGCUUAACAAAGAGAAGUUUGUGAACGAAAUUGAAAGAGAAAACAUUUCCAAUGUGCCUCAAAUUCAUGAAGAAGUGGAAACAUCAGUUUCAUAUCCAGUGGUUGAAAAAGGUUCAAGAAUGACAAAAAAGAAACGAUUUGUGCCAGAACAACACACUCGUGUAGAGCUUCCUCAUCGCACAUACGAGCAAGACGAUGAAAGUGACAAGCAAAACAUCGAGGGAAGAAAUGGCUAUGGAACAGAAUUUGUUAAGGAAAAAAGGAUCGACGCAGAACAAUGGAUAAGUAAUCUUUUUAAAGGCAUCGGCGCUGUAGAAAAAAUGAAUAAGUUGAAAACAAAUGGCCCAGAGGAAAGCGAAAAUGUAACAAGGAAAAAAGUUCGCCAAAGUCAGCAAACGGAUUUGAAAGAUAUUUUUCCAAGCUGGUACCUUCCCGAAUCUGUUGAGUUUUUAUCUUCUCUGAACAAAAGAGUCAUUGCAAAUGGGAAAAGAUGGAGGGAUGGUUCACAUGUCGCUCCAAACAACUGUGAAAGAAGAGGAAAUUUUCUUUCAGGGAGCGAUAGCACAGGGGCCAAAAAGUUCGCCGAAACAAUUCCGUUCGGUCAUAAAAGGCAACAAAGAAAAGCCGAGAGAGAUUUUCGUCUUGCUUUAUGGCAAGAAAAGAACGCUCUUUUGCGAGACAAAAACGGCGAUCCAGUCAGCACCAACAACAUCGAUGGUAGCCUUCAGGGAAAGAUUGGAGAGAAGUUUAAAUGGGCCCCUCGCUUCAGAGAGGAGGAAACUUUUAAGUUGAGUGAGGGAAGCAAAUAUCCGAAGAGGAUGACAAACUUCGGAGAGCAAGAGAGGACGUCGUUAGAAGAUGAAAAACAGUUGGAUUCCCUCUUGGACUUGUAUAAAUCAACUCAAGACGUGUUGCAGAAACAGGCAGAGCAGGAAAUGGCCAUUAAGAAAUGUAGGAACAAAGUAGAUUGUAUGACUGAAGAAAUGAAAACGUUACAAAAAAUUAUUGCAGAGGAUGGUACGCUUAAACAAGGAAUAAAAAUGGUUUCUGGGAAAACUUCGUGGUCAAUUUAG